CCUUUUUCUAAUUGGUUCCAUGAUUUUAGCUCACUUAAUCCUUGUUGCUACACCUUUCUCUUGUCGAAUCGUAGAUGCAGGCAACUAUCUCAAUGUCCAUCCUCUGUUCGUUCAAAUGCAACUUCACAUAAGUGGGCAUUUGGUGCCAUAGCUGAGCUUCUGGAUAAUGCAGUUGAUGAGAUGAUUUUUUCAAUGCAUGAGCUAUGAAAUUAGCUGAAUUCUUAAAUGGGUUUUAAGCUAUAUAAUUUUCUUUGACCUUGUAUGGCUAACUAAGCUAUUAGUUAUGAAUAGCUUUUUCUUCUCAUUUUGUUAUCUCCCUACCCUACAAUUAGUUUUCUUUUUGGGUCUUGAUUUGGCAGUAUUUAACACCAUAGACCAUUUAAGCAGUGGAGGAAAAUUGUAAAAAUUUAAGAACUGUAAGAAUCUUUUCACUUGGGAAAAAAUUUAAGCAACAUUUCAUAACACCAUAGACCAGGUGUCCACUAAAUAGAGGUUGAAUUAAGCAGAUAACAUUUGGUCUUGAUAAUAAAAGUCAUUAUGUGCCUUUAAUGCAUCAGUUGUGCAAUAGUUGGUUCUUGACAUUCAUGCUAUAUGAUCAAAUUUAGUACAUACAUUUUUAACUGUACUUUGAUGUCAGAUUCAAGUUAUACCAAUAUUUUAUUUUUAAAUUGUUACUAUAUAGAUUUUUGGAACUUCUUAUUGUCUAUUUCAUAUGCUGUUCUGUUCCUUUUAUGCGUAUUUGCCUUUCAUUUUAUUAUUCUUUAUUUGCAUCAUUGGCUUCUGUUCAAAUGCUAGAUCCAAAAUGGGGCUACCUAUGUCAUUGUAGAUAGAAUUUCAAACCCAAAGGAUAAAAGUCCAGCAUUAUUGAGGUAUGUUGACUUAUAGGAAGUUCCUUUUUAUAGUUUUGGAGUCUAAUUGUUUGCUCUUUAUGUGCACACUUGGCAAUAAGAUGAUGGUGGUGGAAUGGAUCCAGAAGCAAUGCGUCGUUGCAUGAGUUUUGGAUUUUCAGAUAAGUCAAAACUUGCAAUUGGACAGUGUAUGGACUAUGGCAAUAUUUUUGUGGUGAUUCUGCUAUUCUCUUCUCUAUUUAUAUUUCAAUUUGGCCAUACAGAUGAAAAUGGCUUCAAGAAUAGUACCAUGAGACUGGGUGCGGAUGUCAUUGUCUUCAGCCGCCAUCUGAAUAAUGGGAUACUGACUCAAAGCAUUGGGCUUCUGUCUUAUACAUACAUGAUGCAAACACAGCUUGACAGAAUUGUAGUACCCAUGGUGCAUUAUCAGAUCAAUACAUCAAGCGUUUCCUUCGAAAUAUUAAAUGACCAAGAGCAUUUUAUUUCCAAUUUGUCCAUAAUGUUGCACUGGUCUCCAUUCACAUCAGAAAUAGAACUUUUGAAACAACUUGACGAAAUUGGAUGUCAUGGUACUAAAAUUAUUAUCUACAACUUGUGGUUCAAUGAUGAUAGCAAUAUGGAAUUAGAUUUUGAUUUUGAUACUGAGGAUAUUUGUAUUGCUGGGGAUAUCAAGAGGGAGGUUGAUGCACUUUCUUCCUGGGAGACAUUGAAUGAACAACACACAGCUAACCGGCUUCGAUAUUCUCUACGUGUUUACUUGUCCAUAUUGUACUUGAGGUUACCAGAAAGCUUUACAAUUAUAUUGCGAGGGCAAGUUGUGGAUCUACAUAACAUUGCAGACGAUCUUCAGUAUCCUGAAUUUAUCUUGUAUAAACCACAUAGUUCAGACGAGUCUGCUGUUGUGACAACAAUUGGAUUCGUUAAGGAAGCUCCUGAAGUCAAUGUCCAUGGCUUCAAUAUAUAUCACAAAAAUCGGCUGAUCCUGCCUUAUUGGCAGGUUGUGAGCUAUCUGAGAAGUAGAGGCAGAGGAGUUGUCGGUGUCCUGAAAGCAGAUUUUAUUCAGCCUACUCAUAAUAAGCAAGAUUUUGAGAGGACUUCCUUGUUUGCAAAGCUUGAACAUCGCUUGAAGGAAAUGACGUGGGAAUACUGGGAUUGUCAUUGUCAACUACUUGGGUAUCAGAAAAAGAGGCCUAAGUCUCAGGUCCCCAUUGAUACUUUGCCGCCAAAACCACCUGGCUUUGAAAUACCGUGGCAUUGAACAAAAGUACCUAUCCACAUAGCACGUUUGAGCAAGACUACUGCAUGUUCUGAAGACCAGGAGGAAGACCAAGGCACUAUACACUUGAUACAAGUGAACACAGAACUCCGUGCAAGGUGUUUGGAAUUUGAAAAGACAAAUGAAGAACUUUGUCACAAGGUGACAGAGCUUAGAAGCAAAAUUCAAGACGCUAAGCUUGAGUAUAAUAGCCUUUUGUCUCAAGUGCACUACCAGGACCUGAUGCUAACAUGUAGUGUAGAUGGUACACCUCUUGCAGCCUAGCUUUGUUUCUCCAGAAUUUGUUUUUUUGGUGGAAGGUUCUCUAGUUUGAAACAAUGUUGUAUGAUAUGGGGAUGGAUUCUUCAUGUGAAAAUAUAAACAUGGUUAUGUGCAGAUUUUUUUGGCCCCAAUAUAGCUCUCGCAAGAGAAUAUAAUAUAUAGUGAAAGUUAUGUGAGAGUUUAGCCCA